CGAUACCAAAAUGGCCGACAUGCAGGCGCUCGAGCAGCGCUUUGAGUCUAUCACUGUCCAAGAUGAGAACCAGGACAGCAAUGCCUAUCAGCACAAGGCAAAGGGCUCUGUUAGCACCGUCACCUCACUAUCAAAUCUGAAUGCAGCCGCUGCUCCAAGUCGAAUGAAACUACCACUCCAGAAGUUACCCGCCAACGCAGCUGGCAAGCCGAGCACGUCUCACUCUACCAUUACGAAGAUCACAUUGCCCUCGCAAGCCGCACAACGAACGUCCGCCGAGUCACGACCAUCAGACACCGAUCACAUCUCACAAGCCGUCGCAAAGCCUAAGAACUGGAACUUGACUAUGUUCGAGAUUGGCAAACCUCUUGGGAAGGGAAAGUUCGGUCGUGUUUACCUCGCUCGUGAACGAGCCACUGGCUUUGUCUGCGCGCUGAAGGUCCUUCACAAGAGCGAGAUUACCCAAGGCAAAGUCGAGAAGCAAGUCCGAAGAGAGAUCGAGAUCCAGUCAAAUCUUGCGCAUCCAAACAUCCUACGACUAUACGGCCACUUCCACGACACGAAACGCAUCUUCCUCAUCCUCGAAUUCGCUGGCCAAGGCGAGCUAUACAAGCAUCUCCGGAAAGCCCAAAGAUUCCCCGAAUGGCAAGCAGCACAGUACAUCGCCCAAAUGGCGAGUGCGUUGAAGUAUCUCCACAAGAAGCAUGUCAUGCAUCGCGACAUCAAGCCCGAAAACAUCCUCGUUGGUAUGCACGGCGAGAUCAAGAUUUCGGAUUUCGGCUGGAGCGUGCAUGCGCCGAACAACCGACGGAAGACAAUGUGUGGAACACUGGAUUACCUGCCUCCGGAGAUGAUCAAGCCUGGCCGGGAAGAGAACUGGUACACAGAGGCCGUGGAUCUUUGGAGUUUGGGAGUGUUGACGUACGAGUUCUUGGUUGGAGAGGCGCCUUUCGAAGAUACCCCGGUGAUGACACAGCGAAGGAUUGCUAGAGGCGAGAUGACGAUUCCACCGUUCGUCAGUAACGAGGCGAGGGAUUUGAUCAAGCGGCUCUUGGUGUUGGAUCCAGAGAAGCGAUUGUCAUUGGAAGAGGUCGAAGUGCACCCUUGGAUCAUCAAGCACUGUGUCAAGGGCGAGCGACAUUACCAACGUACGAGCGGCGAUGUGAAGAAGGAGAAGGCCAGCGCUUCGCAAUGA